GAAAAUGAAAGUCUUUACACCUGGGUGUGAUUUGAAUUGAAUGUGCUAGGAGGGAAAGGGAAAAGAGCGAUGGAUUACACCCUGGCCGCGCUGAAGCUUCUAUGCUCUCACCUCAACACCGCCACAGAGACAACAACUUCUCACUCUCAGCUCGCCUUUUCUCUCGGCGGUAUUCUCUUCCAGCGCGCCUGGAUUCAGGGGGUUUUGGUCUCAACACCGGCGUAUUCUGACAAUGACGCCGGUCACUUCCUCCUCGACGAUGGCACUGGUGUUAUCCAACUUGUCCUCUCCAACGAUUUCCUCCGAUAUGAUGCCUGGGAAUUAGGUAUGUAUGUAAUGGUUGUUGGAGGAUAUUCUGUUCGGAGAGAUGGAACUCAGUUUAUCAAGUGAGAGUUUUUUUUUUCAGGUACACAAAAUUGUUGACCUUUCACCAGUUCCGGAUCGAGAGGCAAUGUGGUAUCUAGAAGUUGUGGAGGCGUUCAAACUUUUCUAUCUGCCUCUUUUAGAGUAUAGUUCUGAUUGAAUAUGCCACAUCUUGAAACUAACCCUGUAAGGAUCAAUGUGUAAUUAGUGUUGUUUUCUGCAUUUAACUCUCAUGAUUUCACUCUUCUACCGGCCUGUCUUAAUUUUUAGGCAUUCUUAAAUUAAGAUUUUUAUUUAACCAAUACUAAUGGUACCUCAC